ACGGUUGUCACGUUCCGGCCCACCGUGGAGACAUCGCGAUAUCUGCUUACGAGAUCUGACCUCAGGUCAGUUUUACACGUGAAUCACCGAAGAAAAUCGUUUAGAGGAAGUGGCUUCAAUCCGGGGUCCAAAAUAAACACACACGGGAGAUGUGGUCGACGGUGUGACACGGGCUUGUCAACACAACUAGAUAACUUUACCACACAAUCCGUCUCGAAAUCUUCACCUUUUUUUUUUUUAAAGACGACUCCAACCAAUCAGAUCCGCGCUGGAGGAGAGACGCGCCCACAAGAUGGAGGCGCUGUGCUUCCGGCUGCCGGGCCACGGGGACGCCACGCUGAAGCACAUGAACGCACUGCGCUCCCGCCAGCACUUCUGCGACGUCACCAUCGUCGCCAGCGACAACCAGACGUUCCGGGGCCACAAGGUGGUGCUGGCGGCGUGCUCGCCAUUCCUCCGCGACCAGUUCCUGCUAAGCCCCGCCUCCAAGCUACAGGUGUCCCUGCUCCACAGCUCCUCGGUGGUCUGUAACCUGCUGCUCUCCUGCUACACGGGGGUCCUGCAGUUCGGCCCCGAGGAGAUCGUCAACUACCUGACGGCCGCCAGCUACCUGCAGAUGGAGCACAUCGUGGAGCGCUGCCGCGGCGCGCUCAAGAAGUACAUGCUGCACCGCGGCCCUUCCCCCCAGCCCCAGAUCAAGACAGAGGGUCUCUCCACGCCCGUCAUCGUGAGUGGCACCUCCGUGUCGCCCCCUGCUGGCCACGCCUCGCCCUCGCAGCCGGCCAGCCCUCAUGGGGGAUCUCAGGACGAACACGGCGAAGGGCCGGGUGGGGCCGGCGAUCACCAUGGCAACAGCCCCCUGCUGGACGAGUCGUGCAUUAAGGUCAACGCCUCGGACGAGGAGGAGGCGGCGGCGGCGGCGCGGCGCGAGUACGAGCUCUUCAACGUGUACCCCCCCGACGAGGAGGAGGAGGAGGAGGAGCAGCAGCAGGGGGGGGCGGAGGGCCCCCAGGACGACCGAGGAGGCCCCUCGGACACCUCCCACGGAGACCCCUACUCCCGCAUGGACGGGGAGCUGGGAGGGGGAGGGGGGGGGGGAGGAGGGGGAGGGUUCGGGGUGAACCCCUCGGAGCAGGAGGAGCUGGAGAUGGGGGGUUUCCUGCGCGACAACCUCUCCAUGGCGGCGGCGCGCGUCUUCCGCCGCCGCUACUCCGAGCCCCGGGCGGGCCGGGCCCGGGGGCGGGGCUUCAAGAAGAGGAAGUGGGCGGGGGCCCAGGAGCGACGGCCCCUGGGUCUGGCCGGCCCCCACCCGGACAUGUGGUACCCCGGCGGCGGCGGCGGCGGGGCGGGGGGGAUGAUGGGCGGCGGGGGGCCGUACGGCGUGGACUACAGCCGGGCGGACGCCAUGAGCGCGGCGGCGGCGGCGGGCUACCUGGGCGUCGACCUGCCCCCGAUGGACUUUGGCGGCGGCGGCGGCGGCGGGGAGGCGCACGCCGACGACGUGGCCGCCAUGGCGGCCGCCAGCGACAUGCACCACCGCUUCCUGCUGGGCGAGGGCACGGAGCACGGCGAGGGCGGCCUCGGGGGGCCGUCGUCGGAGGGCGGCGGCGGCGGCGGCGGCGGCGGGGACGAGUCGGUGGCGGUGGUGGGCUCCACCUCCAGCGUGGGGGCGGGGCCGGUGAUCUGCGACCACUGCGGCGUGACCUUCCCCUCGCCGCACGCCCUGGCGGCGCACGUGCGCGCCAGCCACCUGCUGUACGCGUGCCCGUGCUGCGGCAAGCACUUCCAGAGCGCGCCCAGCCUCACGCGCCACAUGGCGGUGCACCGCGGCGGCGCCGGCAAGAGCCACCAGUGCCCGCUGUGCUACAAGACGUUCACGCAGAAGUCGACGCUCAUCGACCACAUGAACCUGCACAGCGGCGAGCGGCCGCACCGCUGCGCCUACUGCCACGCCCGCUUCGCCCACAAGCCCGCGCUGCGGCGCCACCUGAAGGAGCAGCACGGCAAGACCACGGGGCAGAACUCCCUCCACGAGCAGGAGGAGCGCGCCCGCGAGGAGGGUGGAGGAGGUGGUGGUGGUGGUGGUGGUGGUGGUGGAGUUGGAGGGGUGGGGAUGGAGGGGAAGCCGAUCAGAGAGGAGGAGCAGGAGCUGAUGAUCCAGGAGCCGUCGUUGUCGUAGGAACGGAUUGUACCCUGGGGGAAGCGGGCCGGGUGGGUCUUGGACUGACGUGGAGGAGGAGGAGGAGGAGGAGGAACCGAUGAUCCAGGAGCGGUUCCUCGUCGUCGUCGUGGAAACUGAUUUUAUCAUUUACAUUUACAUUUAGGGCAUUUAGCAGAUGCCCUAAAUCUGUGUCUGGGAGUGGUGGCCCUUAUGGGAUCAGGGGUCUUGGAUCUGGGUUUGGCUCGAACUGAAGUGAAGGGUCUUUUGAGCCAAGCGGCUUUGGGACCCGGUUUAUGAUUUUUGAAAGGACAUCACCGGUUAGCCUUCCAAAGCACCGUCUCUUAUUUCCUCCAUGAAUCACGGAUGUGCAGACAGUGUCAAAGACACAAUAUCUUGAUCGCCAUAUCGGUGUACACACUGGCACUAAACGCUGUUAUUUUAACUAAUUUUACUAGAGUCAAGGCUGCUUUGUAUUAACUGGGUCUUGAUAGUUUCAGAUUUUAAUAUAAUAUAAGACGAUACCACACUGUGACCGAGAAUGUGUCCAAAAUACGAUUUUAUGAAGGCGAUACCAUUUCUUAUCUUCUUAAAAUAACUGGCAGACAUCUCACAGCCACCGGCGAGCACAGAGAGUCGGACUGUGACCGUGACUGUGAAUAAUAUCCAAUCACAUCAUUCUGUGAUUUUGUAAUUGUAAGUUUGGGGGAAAGAAAUCCCCUUUUUACUGGGGUAAGCCCGGACAUGUCUUUCCAUCAGAGACCUAUCUACUGUAUGUCAACUAAAUCUACAAUGUCGUGUUGAACUGAAAAGGUACUCUAUUCGCCCUACUAGUGUUCAAACUAAGCUAACCUCGAGAUUAAACUAGAUGUUUGGAGUGA